GUAAUGGCGAGCAGAGGUAGAAAUGGAGCAGUGAGGCAGUACAACAGAUCCAAGAUUCCUAGACUUAGAUGGAAUCCUGACCUCCAGCAUUGCUUUGUUCACGCCAUUGAGCGUCUUGGAGGCCUACACAAGGCUACUCCCAAGCUGGUGCUUCAGAUGAUGGAUGUCAAAGGUUUAACUAUUUCUCAUGUCAAGAGUCAUCUGCAGAUGUACAGAAGCAAGACGAAUGAUAUAAGCAGACAAGAUGUUGAACCCUUUCAAGAUGGAAAACGUUCAUGCGGAGGCGAUGACGAGCAGAAUAAUGAUGAUGGCUUUUUGCCCUCUUCAAAGCCCAUUGAAAGCGAAUCCUCUCUCCCUCUCCUCAAAAGAAGAAUGGAGAUUAGCAAUGGAAUCUGUGGAAUGUUCACAGCAACCCGGUACAACUUUCAUGAUUACAAGCAGAGAAAAAAUCAAACUUCUGGCUUUUACAUGGUUGAAGAAUCUCACUGUUUCAAGGAUUGUUAUGUUCCCAUUUUUAGAGCUCCUUUCAAGCCAAUCCUUGAAGCUAAAACAGCCUUCUAUGGUGUUCCCGAGCAACCUGUGAUAUGGGUAGUUGAUGUGCGAUCGGCUGGCACUAAUAGUAAAUAUGCAGUUUGA